CUUAACAGAAGGACAGUCUGCACAGCCAAUGGGGCCGAAGUGAGGGAGGAACUUCCUCCCUCAAUUCCAGCUCUGGCCCAAACUGCAGUGCCAGAGUUACAGAUGUAACACUGGUGCAGAAAUGGAGUUUGCAGCAGCAGAACUCCCCUCUGACUGAAAGUUCCAAGUUGAGUUUGGAGAGGGAAACCAUGGGUUGCUUUCCCCCGCAAACUCCAUUUAUCCGAAUUCAGCCGUUUGAGUUGGGAAACUGGAGGUGAAGGGAUCUCUGGUUUCCUGUUACAUUGAACCGGGCCAGUAUUUGAGGAGAUACUUGCUCCAUGUGCCCAUACUGAGAUCCACCACCUACUUCAAAAAGCAACACUGUUUCUACCAAAGGUGAUCAGAAUAAUUUUUUCACUCAUACCAGCAUCUCACCAUCCAGCAACACUUCAACAAACAGUACUCCAGCUCCCACAGCCAUCACCACUGGCAAAAUAGAACUACCUUCUACUCCCAAGGACUGCAGCAAUAUCCAUCUUUCUGUGGUUAAUUAUAAGUAUCAUAACCUCACUGCCAGUGCAACACUUGCAAUUAAUAAUCCAAAAGAAAAUGUUUUGAUGGCUAACUGCAGCCCUCAGAAAUGUGAAUGGAGCAAAGGGAACAAUGAAAUUUCUGAACUUAAACCAUGUGAACAUUACACAAUACAAGCAAAUGUUAGUGGAUGCAGUGAACUAAUUGAAACAGAGGAGUUUCAAGUCCCCCCUGAUCCUGAUUUGUUUCACUUGUUCGAGUCCUGGGUAACUAACACCACAGUGAAAUUAUCAUGGAACAUAUCUACAAAGAUUAAUUGUACAUUAAUGUAUUCCUAUGAAUGUGAUGGUAAAUCUUCAAAUAAAAACAACACCUUUCUCUCAAAUGGAAUUAUAAGCGGUUUAUCACCCAACAAGGACUAUAAUUGCAUGUCAACAAUAUAUGUAAAUAACCAUGUAGUGAAGACGGAACAGAUCCAAAUAACAACAAAAUAUGGAAAGCCAAAAAAGCCUAAAGAUCUUACCAUGAAUAUGACUUCAAGAACUAUAUCUAUCUCCUGGGAAAAGCCCUCAGACACAGAAAAUGGCCCCAUUGAUGGUUAUAAAGGCAAAAUUGAAAGUAAACCAAAAACUGAACCAGUUGCACCUCCCCCUCCCCCUAAUUCUUUUGAUGUGCCCAGCAACCGUACCAUUUAUACUUGGCAUGACUUAGAGCCUUUCUCAGAUUAUAUCGUGAGAGUAUGGGCAUACACAAAUGUGGAGGGAGCACCAAUUGACGGAGAAGAAGAUAGUCAUGAAAUAAAGACUGCCUCAGAAAAACCAUAUCCUGUGACAGACCUUCAAGGACAUGUUUCAGAUAAAACAAACAAUGCAAUUGACAUUACUUGCAAAGAACCAGAGCAUUCAUAUGGCCCCCAAUAUAUAUAUAUAUUGAAGUGGGGUGGAAAAAAUUAUACAAAUAGAGAAUGUAACUUUAAUGUGGCGGACCUGUCCUACUUGACAUCAUAUACAUUUGAGGUUACUUUUAACAAUGGAGAUUAUUCCUCAGACCCACAGAGCAUCGCAGUAACCACCAGAUACAAUCCUAAAGCCUUGAUCAUAUUUUUGGCAUUCCUUAUUAUUGUGACAGCUGUGGCUUUACUCUUUGUUCUAUAUAAAAUCUACAUCCUUAACAGAGAGAAAUCAAGAAAUGCAAAUGAAUCUGAAAUGCUUGUACCCAGAGGUAGGUACCCUUUUGAUUAUGAAAAAGAGCUGAUGAAUAUAGACCCAAUUCCUGCAGAGUUGUUGUGGGAAGCCUAUAAGAGAAAAAUAGCAGAUGAAGGAAGACUUUUCCUGGAUGAAUUUCAGAGCAUUCCCAGAGUUUUCAGUAAGUUCACUAUCAAAGAGGCACGGAAAACUUUCAAUCAGAACAAAAACCGCUACAUCGAUAUCCUUCCUUAUGACUACAACCGUGUGGAGCUCUCCGGAACACCCAGUGACCCCGGAUCUGACUACAUAAAUGCAAGCCAUAUUGAUGGUUUCAAAGAACCAAGAAAAUACAUUGCUGCCCAAGGUCCCAAGGAUGAGACAACAGAUGAUUUCUGGAGAAUGAUCUGGGAGCAAAAGGCAACAAUUAUUGUCAUGGUGACUCGUUGUGAAGAAGGAAACAGGAUCAAAUGUGCCAAAUACUGGCCAUCCAAGGAGGAAGAGACUGCAUCUUAUGGGGACAUUGUUGUGAAGAUAAAUGAAUGCAAAGUGUGUCCUGACUAUACCAUUCAGAAGCUGCAUAUCACAAAUAGAAGGGAAAAGACGACUGGAAGAGAUGUGACCCACAUUCAGUUUACAAGUUGGCCAGACCACGGAGUACCCGAUGAUGCCCAUCUCCUUCUCAAGCUACGCCGGAGAGUUAAUGCUCUAAGCAACUUUUUUAGUGGCCCGAUUGUGGUCCAUUGCAGUGCUGGUGUUGGACGAACUGGAACUUAUAUUGGAAUUGAUGCAAUGCUGGAGGGAUUGGAGACUGAAGGAAGAGUGGAUGUUUAUGGCUAUGUCGUAAAGUUACGGAGGCAGCGGUGCCUUAUGGUUCAAGUAGAGGCACAGUACAUCUUGAUCCAUCAAGCUUUGGUUGAAUACGUUCAGUAUGGUGAAACAGAGGUCAGCAUCUUGGAACUGCACAACUACCUUAAUCACCUGAAGAAAAGAGAUCCUCCCACUGAGUCAUCUCUGUUGGAAGCUGAAUUCCAGAGGCUCCCUUCAUACAAGAAUUGGCAGACACAGAGAGCUGGCCAUAGAGAUGAAAAUAAAAGUAAAAACAGGAGUUCAGCAGUUAUUCCAUAUGACUAUAACAGAGUAUUAUUCAAACAAGAAGAGGAGGGGAGCCGAGAGAGCGAACAUUCUAAUGCAUCCUCUGAUGAGGAAAGUGACUGCGAGGAACCCAACAGAUAUAUCAAUGCUUCCUUUAUAACUGGCUACUGGCUUCAAAAUGCAAUGAUAGCAACACAAGGGCCACUCCCAGAAACCACUGGUGACUUCUGGAACAUGGUUUAUCAAAGAAAAGUGAAAGUUAUUGUUAUGUUGACUGAGCUGAAAAAUGAUACUCAAGAACUGAGUGCACAAUAUUGGGGAGAGGGGAAAAAGACAUAUGAUGGCCUCACCGUUGAUCUAAAAGACACAAACUGUUGUUCCAGCUACACCAUCCGUGCAUUUGAACUAACACAUGGAAAGAGGAAAGAAACCCGUACAGUGUUUCACUAUCAGUACCAGAAAUGGAACAGCUCAGUUCUUCCAGAGAACCCCAAAGAUCUAGUCACCAUGAUCCAGAAUCUCAAACAGAAGCUUCCAACACCAAAUAUAACAGAAGAAACCAACCUGUACAGCAAGAAUGUUCCACUCGUUGUUCACUGCCGGGAUGGUUCCCAGCAAACAGGAGUAUUCUGUGCCUUGAUGAAUCUCUUGGACAGUGCAGAGACAGAAGGUGUAAUCGAUGUUUUCCAAGUGGUGAAAUCUCUCCGUAAAGCCAGGACAGGAAUGAUUUCCUCUUUUGAAGAUUACCAGUUUCUGUAUGAUGCUGUUGCUAGCAUGUAUCCUGCCCAGAAUGGACAACUGCAGAAAAACCAAUGCCAAGAGCACAAAAUCAAUAUUGAAAAUAAUGAGGAGAAAGAAGAGGAGGCUAACUCUAUUAGCACUGAGCUCUCCUGCCCAGUUCAAGAAACCACGUGUGAUGUGGAAAUGCAUGAAGAUUCCAAACCCCAGGAUGGCUCUAGGGAAGCAGAAAGUUCUUCUAAUGGACCCAGAAAUCCAGUUUUAAUGGAAAGUGCCUAGAAACCUUUUGAACCCUUCCAGACAAAACCAUUUGUACAUGCUAUCUUGCUUCAUUUGGCAGUAAAUUAAAAACAAAACAAGAAAUCGGCAUUUCCUUCACCACCCCAACCUCUAUUUUCUGUAGAGAAAAGAUAUGAAACAAACCGGAAGCAAUUGUUUCCCCCACGGUACGUCAUGGAAUAGGCCGCUUGAAUCUCACGGAUAGUUAUAGCACACUGUGAAUUGUUUUGUGUGUGUUUGUGUGUAGAUUGGCCAUUUUGAAUCGGUUGGUAUAAUUUGUAGUCUUUCAUGUUUUUAAACUGUAUGUUGUCUUUUAUAUAGCAGCAAAAGAGGAAAGAAAAACUAACUACUUGUUUCUGCGUUUUUAACAAGAAACAAAAAUGUUGGGCUGACUAGAUAGAAACUACCAGUUUUCAGAUCCCAUGGAAGUGCUGGUAUCACUGUACUAAGCCCAGGCUAUUUUUCUUAUUGUGAUUUACUUAUUGUUACAGGCCAAAGCACGGCGCAACUAGUUCCACAUGUGCAAAGGCACUUUGAACUUCUGUUUCUCUAAUAGGCCAUUCAAAACCCAUGGCAAGCCAAUGCUGAAACUCAGGGACCUUAAAAAAUAUAUACUUCAGAUAUAACAUGAGAAUCUGAUGUUCAAAGGAAACAAACUCAAGAAUCCCACUGGGCAUGCCCAAGUCCUUGGGUGUGCCUAAAGGAUCCAGACCAGAGUAAUUACAUAAUAAUUUUAUGGUGAUGGGGGGGAGAGAGAGAGAGAGUGUGCGUGCGUGUGCAUGUGUGUGUGAGAGAGAAUCCCUGAUCCAUUGCUUCUACUGUACAUUUGGCAGCUCUGAUGUCACUGUGGAGAACACAAAGAACAAUCUCCUUUACAUACAUGGAGCAUUGCUUUAUAUGGAACUAAACUGAAUAAGUUGUGACCCUGCUGAGCUCUGUAACUGUAUUAAUGCCUAAACAAUAAAUAUGAUAAACUAUAAUAUAAUCGGUGAACAUUCAUCAAGCAAAGAUAAAUGUGGUAGAUUCAAUGUAUAAACUGGAAUAGCACCAACCAAGGGCACAGAAAUCAAACAAUGGGCAUUACGAGACAAAAUCUGGAUAAAAUCUAAGGCAUGCAUUUCUAGAGCUGGCCUCAGGAUGUCACUAUGUUCACAGAAAUUCGCCUGAUGCUUCAGUUUUGGAUGGUCAGCAAGUUUGCUAAGGUAACAACAGUGAAUGUUGUUGUUUUUUUAAACUACCCGGAUAAAUAUUAUUCAGUUAAUUCUACAUAUUAGUAUAGCUGCUUUUGAUAAUCUAUUUUUUUCUCUGACUUGAACAGAACUGGUUUUACAAGAGUUCUUCCUCUUGGUUUUUGUAUAUGCUACUCUUUCUGAAAUGCUGCUUCAUGUGAUAUGAUAAUUUUUAAAAAAUAUAUUACAGUUGUGACAAUUUCGCAUCCAGCUGAGUCUUAUUUUCAAGCCGAAUAAAAAUAAUGUAUCCGUU